CGAUAGUGCCAUCGCUAGCGGGCCAUCUCUAGAAAUCCAGCAAAGGAAGAAGCCGCGCUAGAAAAGUUUUUGCCGACAAUAAACGCAAAAAAAGAACUGAAGAGCGAAAUACAAAGACUUUAUACUGCAUUUACCAAGCUAUAAGUACAAUCCGUCAUGGCUCUUGUGAAACCAAAAUCAGAACUCACUCCGGAGGAGCUGGCCCGCCAGGAGGAGGAGGAGUUCAACACCGGGCCGCUGUCCGUGCUCACACAAUCCGUGAAGAACAACACCCAGGUGCUCAUCAAUUGCCGCAACAACAAGAAGCUCCUGGGCAGGGUGAAGGCCUUUGACCGCCACUGCAACAUGGUCCUGGAAAACGUCAAGGAAAUGUGGACGGAGCUGCCGCGCACGGGAAAGGGCAAGAAGAAGGUGAAGCCCGUUAACAAGGACCGCUUCAUAUCGAAGAUGUUCCUGCGCGGAGACUCCGUGAUCCUGGUACUCAGAAACCCCCUGGCCACGGCGGCCGGAAAAUAGUCUACCAUAGCCAUAGCGUACAGUUACCGAUAACCACCAACUACAAUCAAUAAACUUAAAACCCGA